AAGAUUUUCUGUAUCUUCUCUUAGAGCUGCCACCAAAGAACUUCAACAUCCUCACUGCAGGCAAGAAGUAAGGAAAAACAUUUAGAAAGAAUGUACCUGUGCUCCAUCGUCCUCCAGCUGCUGUCUUUCCUAAUUAUUGUCCCUGCUUUGUUCUCCAUCACAUAUGAAGACUCUUACGAUGACGACUAUGUGGGGUGCCUGGGAAAAAGAGAAAUACAAGUUAAGCAGGGAUAUCUAUCCUGUGAGAAGAAACAGAACUCAAUAUUCAAAUAUGCAUGGGAUGCCGCUGAGAUAUACUGGAGAAACCGUGUCCCUCCUAAACUGGACAGGGACACAGCCAUCGCUGUCACCGCCUACACCUCAAACUCAUUUUAUUAUCAGCUGAAUGCGGCUGUGCAAGGUGGAGUGAACCAGGUGACAAACGGCUACUUCAGGUCCAUACAUUUACUACUUACUAAAGCAAUCCAGACUCUGCAGAAUGGCAAGUGUAUGACAACCUACCGAGGAAUUAAAGUCUACAUCCCACUGAAGAGAGGAGAACUUUUUCGUUUCGGAAGGUUUGCCUCAUCCUCUAAAAGCCGUAAAGUUGCUGAACAUUUUGGCUCAAAAAUGCUCUUCACGAUCAAAACCUGCUUCGGGGUGGACAUUACACAGUAUUCUUUAUAUAAGGAAGAAUCAGAAGUGCUGAUUCCACCAUAUGAAGAGUUUAAAGUUACUGAUGCUCACUGGAAUCAAAUCACCCUAAUGUCAACAGGAAAGGCCCGAUCAAACAAGAGGUGCGAGUCGAUGAGCCCCAGUUGCCCCUAUCAGCCCACAUGGAACACAGCUGACACAUCCAGUGGCUCAGGGUCUGGCAAAUAUUGGGAUUCUGAGAACUACUACUAAAAAGUUCACCUCAAGAGACCACAAUAAACUGAUUGAAGGCUGACAAAUCUGUCCUGAUUAUACUGCUUCAUGUGCUCCACAACAUUCAGAUUUUGCAAGAAGAAAUAUGCUGUUAUUGUCAGUUUUUAAUUCAAAUACUCUGUCUGCUGACAAAAUGAAUUUUAAUAGCUUUUGUUAAAGAAUUAUAGCAAAAUAAAUAAAUACAUGAAAUUGGAAUAUGUAUAUACACA